GGAAACCUCCUGACGAAGAUGCAGAUUUUCGUCAAGACCCUUACGGGCAAGACCAUCACGCUCGACGUGGAGCCGUCGGACAGCAUUGAUAAUGUCAAGCAGAAAAUUCAGGACAAGGAGGGAAUCCCCCCUGACCAGCAGCGCCUGAUCUUCGCCGGCAAGCAGCUGGAGGACGGCCGCACUCUUUCGGACUACAACAUCCAGAAGGAGAGCACGCUGCACCUGGUGCUUCGUCUGCGUGGUGGUGGCAAGAAGCGCAAGAAAAAAGUGUACACCAAGCCUAAGAAGAUCAAGCACAAGCACCGCAAGGUCAAACUCGCCGUGCUCAAGUACUACAAGGUGGACGACAACGGAAAGAUCCAGCGCCUGAAGAAGGAGUGCCCGUCGCCCCAGUGCGGUGCCGGUGUGUUCAUGGCCACCCACUUCGACCGCCACUACUGCGGCAAGUGCCACGUGACCUACCAGUUCCAGGGCGAGGACAGCACUUAAGCGUCUUGCCUCCAUGGUAGUCUCCAGUAGGCGUUGCCUGCCGUUGAUCCGAAAGGCCUAAUGUCAAUGCAAUGCUUCGGUUUCCAUCCAUCUCUAGC